AUGGCCGAAGCUUUUGGAAUGGUUUCUGGAUCCAUUCGCGCAGCGACCGCCUUCUCGGCAUGCGUUGAAGUCUUCGACUAUGUCCAGUUGAGCCGUCGUUUUGGAAAGGAUUACCAGACGAGUCAACUCAAACUGACGCUACUGAAGCUCAGAUUGUCUCGCUGGGGCGCUGCCGUCGAUGUCUAUAAUGAUCCCCAGCUUGGGAACCCUUCAGCAACCAAAGACGAUAUCGAGACAGCGAAGGACACCUUGUUCCAGAUCCUCGUGCUCUUCGAAGACAGUAAGACGAUCGCAGAUAGAUACGAAUUAAAGGCUGGGAAGAAUGAAGCAGUUGAGAUCCAAGACCCGGUCACGUAUUCAGCGGCAGAGAUGGCAAUUGCCUCAGUGAACAAUAAGAUGAACGCUCUCGCGGCCAAGCGUAGGAAAGGCGCAAGCGUCUUGAAGCUGGCUACUUGGUCAAUACAUCACAACAAGGCAAUCUCGAGGCUCGUCGAAGACAUAUCUGGGCUUAUUGAAUCUCUUGAACAACUCUUUCCACCUCCGCCUACCACACAGUCUCACCUCGUGCAGCGCGAGGUCUCAGAGGCACAGGGUGAACAAGAAAAAGCAGCUUUGACGACCUCAGCACAAGGCAUUGACCAAGUACUC